GACGCUGGUAUGGCAUAUAUCAGUGAUCAGAAUGCUGGGGUAUGGAGGUGAUCAGAAUGUUAGCAUGCGGUUAGGUGGUGAUCGAGGACGCUGGUAAGAGGGUGAUCAGGAUGCUGACAUGGGGUAUGGCAGUGAUCAGCAUGUUGAUAUAGGGUAUGGCGGUGAUCAGAACACUGGUAUGGGGUAUGCUGGUGAUCAGAAUGCUGGUAUGGGGUAUGCUAGUGAUCAGGACGCAGGUAUGGAGUAUGGCGGUGAUCAAGACACUGGUAUAGGGUAUGGCGGUGAUCAGGAUGCUGGUAUGGCAUAUGGGGUGAUUAGGAUGUUGGUAUGGGGCAUGGUGGUGAUCAAAAUGCUGGUAUGGGGGUGAUCAGGAUGCUAGUAUGGGGUAUGGAGGUGAUCAGGGCGCUGGUAUGGUAUAUGAAAGUGAUCAGAGUUCUGGUAUAGCGUAUGUCGGUGACCAGGGUGCUGGUAUGGCAUAUGGCAGUGAUCAGGGUGUUGGUUUGGGGUAUGGCAGUGACACUGGUGAUCAGGACAUUGGUAUGGGGUAUGGGGGUGUU